UGAUUAUACUACCCGACACAAUGCAAUUAACAAUGCCCUUAAGGCAAUUAAAACCCCUAAAAAUGAUUCUAAAACCCCAAGCACCAGAAGUAUCGCGCGGGAUUAUGGUCUUUCGGAAGCCACCCUUAGGCGUGCGAUAAAAAACGAUGGUCCCCUCACUCGUCCGGGCCGUGCUAAAAUUCUAACCGAUCAUGAGGAGGAACAGCUUGUCG